AUGUCGAACGACAACAGCCAAAGCCAAAACCCCGGACUCCUCGGUGGCCUCGGCGAUACACUAGGCAAAACAGUCGGCGGCGUGACAAACACACUCGGCUCAACAGUCAGCGGCCUCGGCUCAACCGUCGGCGACGCAACGUCCGGCCUUGGACAGACGGUUUCGGGUGCCACGGAGGGACUCGGGAAUACGACGAAGAACGUGGGACAAAGUGCGCAGAAGGGGGUGUCUAGUACUGGAGGGAAGGAGCAGACUGCGGAUAAUCCACUUGGAUUGAACAAGUAG